AUGAAUUUAGCCAAUCAAAUUGUCACAGAAGGUACUAUUCCCGAGGACUGGCGAAGAAGUAUAAUUAUCCCAGUAUAUAUGGGGAAAGGUGAUCCUUUAGAUUGCGGGUCUUACAGAGCUAUUAAACUCUUGGAACAUGCAAUGAAAAAAGUAUUUGACAGGGUGCCGAGUGAGGUUACUAGAUGGGCCUUGAGAAAAUCAGGUGUGGAGGAAUGGUUGGUUAUAGCAGUGAUGGCAAUGUAUGUUGGAGCACAAACAGCAGUACGGACAGAUUAUGGUGUGAGUGACAGCUUUGAGGUGAAGGUAGGACUUCAUCAAGGAUCCGUGCUGAGUCCAUUAUUAUCUUAG